UGUUGUUGUUGAGCAGGGCUGGGAUUAGAGACAGGGCGAAUGGCUUUCAAUCUUACUGGGAUUACAGAACAAAGGGACUCCUGCUACACACACACACACACACAUAAAACGAGAUUUUAUUUUGGGAGGGGGCUGGGAUUCUAUCGCCCCCCCCUCUGUUUUCCACAAACCUCUCAGCAGACAGGAGCCAAGGGGGGGUUGAUAGAAGACAGAUACAUAUCUAUUUCCCCUGCAGAUCGGGGCUGAUUCUGGGAAGAAAUUCUAAAGCCUGUUUCACCCCGUGCAACAGCAGCAGCAGCAGCCCCCUCCUUCCAUCUCCUCCUGUUCCACAUUAAUUAGGGGAAGGAACCUCACACCGGGGCUAAAGGAGGAUCUCACACUGGAGCACUGGGACCUCUUUUGAAGAAUAUGGCUCUGGCAGGAAAGCAGUAUGAAGGAUCCUUGAACAACUCGAGACCUGAUCUAUGGACUUCAUCAAUUCCUAGUGGGAAGGAUGAGAUUAUUACAAGCCUUGUAACUGCCUUAGAUUCCAUGUGCUCUGCACUGUCUAAACUUAAUACCGAAGUGGCCUGUAUUGCUCUUCAUGAAGAAAGUGCAAUUGUAGUUGGAACAGAGAAAGGACGAUGUUUUUUAAACUCUAGAAAAGAAAUUCGAGCAGAUUUCCAGCGUUUUUGUGUAAGUCGCCAUAAAAAUGACCAAGAAAAUGAUGGCCAAAGAAGAAAUAGAGACUGCAUUCAGAAUAUUCAGCAAGUCCCCCUUGGCCCAACAUCAGAUAUCUACCUUUUGCGAAAGAUGGUUGAAGAGAUUUUUGAAGUGCUCUAUAGUGAGGCCUUGGGUAAAUCUAAUAUCGUUCCUGUGCCAUAUGAGAAGGUGAUGAAGGAGCAUGGAUCAGUUGCUGUCCUAGGCUUGCCUGAUGGGAUCAGCUUCAGGAAACCUGCAGAUUAUGACUUGAAAAGUUUGAUGCUCAUUUUAGAACACAGCCACAACAUUAGAUUCAAGCUGAAAAUACCUACAGAAGAAUCCACCAGAGAGCCAAAACUUUGUGCAGAUUUGAAUAGCCCACCUACAUCAGCAACAAAGGUUAUUCCAGACACCAGCCAAUGCCCCAGACUCCAGAGAUUGCCUAAUCAAGAGCAUCCUUUGAGUACUUCAAGCUAUCCCUACAGUGUGUCCCAGCCUAACCAGAUUUCACUGGAGCUAAAGCAAGAGGUUCAUUCAAACAUGCUUGGAACAAAUGCAGUCAGUCAAAUGCUGGUUCACAGGCCAUCAGCUGAAAAUAAUCAUGACUUCUCAGACUUCUCAGACUGCUGUGGGCAGCAGUCACCUGUAGCAGGUAGCAGCCUUAGGCAAAAUGUCCAUGCAUCAAAACGGCUCUUGUUUUCAAUAGUACAUGACAAAACAGAUAAAUGGGACAGUUUCAUAAAGGAAACUGAGGAUAUUAAUACACUCAGAGAGUGUGUGCAGAUCCUAUUUAAUAGCAGAUAUGCUGAAGCUUUAGGGCUUGACCACAUGGUUCCUGUGCCAUAUCGUAAGAUUGCCUGUCAUCCUGAAGCUGUGGAAAUAAAAGGAAUUCCGGAUAAAAUCCCUUUUAAAAGACCAUGUACCUAUGGUGUACCGAAAUUAAAAAGAAUUUUGGAAGAAAGGCAUAAUAUUCAUUUUACUAUUAAAAGCAUGUUUGAUCAACGAAUAUUUGAUGGUACUACAUUUACCAAAGAAACCACAAAGUCCGGCUCUUCCAGCCCAGGAGAAGAGGCCUGUAGUGAAAACCAGAAGGCAGCUGCUCUGGACAUGCUUGGGUUCUCUGUUGGAAGCAGAUUGGAAAAAAGCAGCAUAUCAGAUGAAUGCGAACCAGGGACAUCAAGUGAACCAAGUGGAAUUAAACAAAUUAAGUUGGAACCUGAAGACACUGAUAUAAUACAAGUCACAGUUCCAGAGGCAUUAGCUGAGUGUGUGAAAAGUAAUUUGACUCCAGAGGACUCAAGCUAUGUGCUGGACACUGGAAAAGUUUGUGAUGAUAGACCCUGUGAUGAAACCAGGAAUGAAGAGAAGCACCUGGAUGGAAUAGGAGAUAUAAUAAGGCAGCUUCGGAAACGAGUAGAAAAUCUCUUUAACAGAAAAUAUGCUAAGGCAAUCGGAGCCUCAGGACCUGUUAAAGUGCCAUAUGCCAAGUUCUUGAUGUACCCAGAAGAUCUCUUUGUUCUAGGAUUGCCAGAAGGUGUCUCAUUCCGACGGCCAAACUGCUUUGGAAUCACAAAACUUAGAAGGAUACUGGAAUGCAGUAAUGGCAUUCAGUUUGUUGUAAAAAGACCUGAGUUGAUUUCUGAAGGACUGAAAGACUGUGUUGUAGACAGCCCUGGAAGUCUAGGGAUCAAUGAUAAAAGUAAUGAAGCUAUAUUAGAUGAAACCAACAAGAGGCCUAAUUUUCAAGAGAGUUUUGAUGCCAGACUUUCCCGCAUUGAUAUUGCCAACACAUUGAGGGAGCAAGUGCAAGACCUGUUUAAUAAAAAAUAUGGGGAAGCCCUAGGGAUAAAGUAUCCAGUCCAGGUUCCUUACAAACGCAUUAAAAACAAUCCAGGGUCAGUCAUUAUAGAGGGCCUUCCUCCUGGGAUACCCUUCCGAAAGCCUUGCACCUUUGGGUCACAGAAUCUAGAAAGGAUAUUAGCGGUGGCUGAAAAAAUCAGAUUCACAGUUACAAGGCCAUUUCAAGGACUCAUUCCAAGGCCCGAUGAUGAGGAUGCCAACAGAUUGGGAGAAAAGGUUAUUCUCAGAGAACAAGUAAAGGAACUCUUUAAUGAAAAAUAUGGUAAAGCUCUAGGUCUGGACCAACCAGUGCUGAUUCCGUACAAACUUAUUAGGGAUAAUCCUGAUGCAGUUGAAGUCCGAGGGCUGCCAAAUGACAUCCCUUUCAGAAACCCUAAUACCUAUGACCUUCAUCGGCUUGAAAAAAUUCUCAAAGCACGAGAUCAAAUCCAGAUGGUGGUAAUAAAACAGUUAGAGCAAUUUCCUGAAAUCUGCACUGAACCCCCCAAAACAAAAAAAGCUAACUCUGGUCCCAAGCGAAAACGGAAAAGAGUGUCAGAAGGGAACUCGGUAUCUUCAGCUUCUUCCAACUCUUCAUCAUCGUCCUCCUCCUCCUCCAACAUGGAUCCCAUCUCCUCAGCACAUCACAUAUCACUUGUGCAAUGGCCCAUGUACAUGUUGGAUUAUGGAGGGGUAAACAUGCAGUUACCUGGCCCCAUAAACUACUAGAUCCUGGCUCCCAAUUGGAUGAUCCAAAAUAUGUAAAUUUUGUACAAACAAAUGUAUAUGACAUUAUGCUAUGAUGCAUUUUUGUUUUAUUAUUUUUACAGAAUG